AUGACAUUUGGUGUGUCGCGAGAUCAAGGACUGUUUGAGUGGGCAGGCACAAACCUGGGCACAAUUUUUUGCCAGAAGGGCAACAUCUUUUCAUUAAGAAUGUGGCGCAUGAUAUUCGACAUAAUACGAUUCAACCAAUUUGCGCUUGAUGUCAUCAUUAAUUCCGAGGAUGAGCAACCGGUCAAAGAGACCGACAAUGUGCUGGAUUCUGUUGGCCGAACUGAAACCAUUGGUGAAUACCUGGACCGCGAGGGAUACUCGGAUGCCUUUCGAGACGACUACCUAAUACCGAUGACGGCUGCUGUGUGGAGUACCAGCCCUGACAAGUGCAGUCUGGAAUUCCCAAUCCUGACACUUGUACGAUUUAUGUGGAACCACCAUCUUCUCUCUACUGUUGCUGCUCGGCCCGACUGGCUGACAUUGAGGGAAGGAUCACAAUCAUAUAUCGAUGCUGUGAUGAAAGGUUUCCCGCCUAAUCAUCUCUUUUUGAACACGGCCGUGAGACGAAUCUCGAACGACGACGACGGCCGUGUCGUGUUGCACUUUGAGAAUGGCAAAUCAGACACCUUUGACCAUGUCAUUCUGGCUACUCAUGGCGACCAGGCAUUGGCCAUUUUGGGAUCGUCUGCGACCGACCAAGAACGUGCCAUUCUAUCUUGCUUCCAAACGUCUCAGAACGAAGCUGUUUUGCAUUCGGAUCUGUCACUCAUGCCAAAGAACCGCAAGGCGUGGUCGAGCUGGAAUUACCUCACGCUAUCUUCGCCAUCCAAAGCCAACGUCGACCAAGUGUCUUUGACCUACAACAUGAACAUCUUGCAGCACGUUCCUCGACAGCUAUUCGGCGACGUUCUUGUCACCUUGAACCCCAUUCAUCGCCCUCGCACCGCUUUGACCAAGGCAAGAUCUUUCUAUUCGCAUCCAUUGUACACUCCGACAGCGGUUCGAGCACAGAAGUUUUUGCGUCAUAUACAAAAUAAAAGGGGAAUUAGUUAUGCCGGUGCAUGGACUAAAUAUGGAUUUCAUGAAGAUGGCUUCACCAGCGGCCUGCACGUGGCACAAGAACAUCUCGGUGCCAAAUUGCCGUUUGAUGUUGUAGAUUCAACAUUUAGCCGGGGAAAGAAACCAAAGUUGGACCUUAGGGACCAUUUCGCGCGUUUACUUAUUCUGCUUGUCCAAGUAUUUGUCAUCCAGAUGCUGGAGCGCCUAGCCGGCGUAAGCAGACGCCCGGCAAAGCCAGCCAUGAAUGGAGUCAAACCAAGGCGGGUUCUAGAGAAGGUUGCAUGA